AGUCCCUCCCCCUAGCGGGGCAGGAAGGAGUUGGCGGCAAUUGCUGGAGAGCUCAACGGUAGCAGAGUGGGCUCGACUAUAAAGCUGGUUGAACAUGUAGUACUAUUAACAUUCGAAGACUUCUAACAAUGGAAUACCCUUACAUCAACCAGCACAGCUUCGAUCCCGGUUGUAUGGAUCCAGGCUUGUCAUCGUGUCAGCGGCCAUAUUCUUACACCGACUUUACGUCUUGCGGCCAGGUCACCCAAAUGUCUUACCGGUACUCCUCGCCAUUCCACGGACCACCCGGUGCAGCGAUGACCGCUUCAUCCUGCGGCAUGAUCACCCGUCCCCGCCCCGAGUCCGUGCAUAUGCCGCCAGCUGCAGCAGCUCCGACCAUCUUUCAUACCAAUAUGGGACUACAAAACUACCCGCGGGCAUUGUCCUACAAGAUGUAUCCCGGGCACGAAGGUGUGCUGUCGGAGAAGCGGAAACAACGCCGUAUCCGAACCACAUUCACGAGCGGGCAACUGAAAGAGCUUGAACGAGCUUUCCAAGAAACCCACUACCCAGACAUUUACACCAGGGAAGAGAUCGCUAUGAAGACAGAGCUAACAGAGGCAAGGGUUCAGGUAUGGUUCCAGAAUCGAAGAGCCAAGUUCCGGAAACAAGAACGUCUGAAACAACAAAAACAAUCACCCCAUACCACAACGAACAACAAGUUAAACACGGGUAAUUCCAAAGAUGGAACGACAGGUGAUACAGUGGCCGACAAUGCACCACCUAGUAUCAAAGAAGUCAACAACAAAAACAAUAUGGCGUUAAAAGCAACGUGUAAAGGUGUAUCUUCCUUGAUUCUGGAUUCUCCGGAUCGGAGUCCACUUGAUGGUAAGGACAAGGAGGAUGAUGAAACAAGGUGGCCCGCCUCCUCCGGCUCGUGCUCAUUACGGACAGCAGUCAGUCCCGCCCACACAUUGGCUCCGCCUAUCUCGUGCCCAACUAGUCCCUAUUCAGUUCUUCUUAGCCCUUCUUCAGGUUUGUCUUCUCAUUAUUCGGGCCCUACUAUGGAUACCAAACACAGUUUAGUCACUCAGAUAUUCUGAAUCUUUGAAGAUACGGCUUUUAACAGCUGUAAGAAACUCGCAGUUACGUGGCCUUAGCCAAAGACGACAGCCAAACACAGUUCGCCAGCAAAUCACAGGCACUAAGUUGAAAGUAUUAUUAUCUUAAAAAUUAAUGGGUUUUAUUCUAGAUAUAAAAACAAGUACCACUAUGUGCAGUUUAAAAACUCUGAAUAUUAGGAUUGGAUGACAGCUUAAGACGUUGCGUGUAUUUAAGGAGAAAAAGCAGAAGGUCCCCUGUGUAAAUUUAAUUAACACUACUUGUCCUGCUUGUCAUUAAGCGAUGUCUUAAUAUCUUAAAAAACAAAAGAAAAAACAACCUGUUUUGAUUCUUUCAAUCUUUCAAAGGACCACUGGUUAACUAGCUAACUAUAUAUUAACUUAGACUCUACUCUUGAUAAAGAAGUUUAAUAAUAAUUUUUUGUGUGAUUUUAAUCACCAGAAAAAGUAUGAAACACUAGAUUAUAGAAUGUAGUAAAAAAAGGCAUAAAACAUAAAAAGUAUUUGUGAUCAAUUAUUUAAAUGAACUACACCGCGUAUUCAGCUCAUGAAAGUCGCCUGUUUCAAUACAGUUAACUUAAAUGUUUGGCUGAACAUUCUCAAAUAAACGACUGAUUGAAUUAGAUGCAUUUGGGGUGGGUGAGAAGAAAAUCAAAGUAACAGAAAAACAAAAACCUCAACCACAAUAACAAUAACAAAACAAAGAAAACACAAACAAAUCCAAUAUGGCCGAGUGGAAUGAAAUUGAUUAUGCUCAUUAGGAUUUAUGGAAUUUCAUAGAUUGUAUUUUUAUUUUAAGUGUCUUCUUGUAUUGUUUUCAUUAGCUAGAAAUAAAUAAAUAAAUAAAAACA